UGGCGCCCGGAGCGGGAGGGGGCGGCGGCGGCGGGAGGGAUGCGGACGGGGGAAGAUGGCGGCCUCGUCGAACAACCCGCGGAAAUUCAGCGAGAAGAUCGCGCUGCACAACCAGAAGCAGGCCGAGGAGACGGCGGCCUUCGAGGAGGUCAUGAAGGACCUCAGUCUCACGCGCGCCCACCGGCUACAGCUACAGAAAAACCAGUAUUUGCAGUUGGGCCAGACCCGUGGACAGUACUAUGGAGGAUCCCUGCCAAAUGUCAAUCAGAUUGGGAGCAGUGCUAUGGACCUGCCUUUCCAGACUCCGUUUCAGUCAUCAGGAUUGGACACCAGCAGGACGACCCGGCACCAUGGGCUGGUGGACAGGGUGUAUCGCGACCGGAGCCGCCUUGGCUCGCCCCACCGGCGCCCGCUGUCCGUGGAUAAGCACGGCAGGCAGGUGGACAGCUGUCCGUAUGGUACCGUCUAUCUGUCGCCUCCUUCAGACACAAGCUGGAGGAGGACCAAUUCAGAUUCUGCCCUGCACCAGAGUACGAUGACUCCCACUCAGGCGGAGCCUUUCUUAGCUGGGUCACAGGACAUGCAGCAAAAAGAGGUGAAGUACAUGUAUAUCUUCUUACUAUUGGCCGUCCCAGGCAUGGAGGAGGACACAGCGGAUACAGAGAAGAACCUCUCGAAGCAAGGGUGGGAAGCUAAGAAGACCGGAUCGCCAAGGCCUAAAUCCUGUGAGGUUCCAGGAAUCAACAUCUUUCCGUCAGCUGACCAGGAAAACACUACCACACUUAUCCCAGCCACUCACAACACGGGUGGCUCCCUGCCGGACCUGACGAACAUCCACUUCCCCUCUCCUCUCCCGACGCCGCUGGACCCAGAAGAAUCCCCUUUCCCGUCCCUCAGCAGUUCCAACAGCACUGGGAACCUUGCGGCCAACUUGACGCAUAUGGGCAUCAGCACAGCCAAUCAGGGGAUGACGACGACGCAGGCCUCUUCCCAGCAGCACCGACAGCCACCCACCGGCCCCCUUUCGUUGAACGCAGACUCCAGGAGAAACCAGCCCCAGCAGGUCUCCCCCACGCUCUCGCCACUGUCACCAAUCACUCAGGCCGUGGCGAUGGACGCCCUCUCCCUGGAGCAGCAGCUCCCGCCCUACCCCUUCUUUACCCAGACGAGCGCCCAGCAGCAGCAGCAACAGCAGACCCAGGUCGCCAGUGCUCUCCCGUCCAAUGCCUCCCUGAUGCAGACGUCCGGCCUGCAGCGAGGGGUGCCUGCCCCGCUCUCCGUCACCGUCCCUUCCACAAUCCCACAGUCUCCGCCGGGAAGCCAGACCCAGACCUCCAUGGGGAUAGACAUCAGUUCGGGUUCACUCCAGCAGUACCGCAACAAUGCUGGCUCCCCGGCCAACCAGUCUCCCACCUCUCCUGUCUCCAAUCAAGCUUUCUCUCCUGGCAGCUCCCCUCAACAAACAUCUAUCCUGGGGAGCGUCUUCGGGGAUUCCUGUUACGACCAGCAGAUGACGGCCAGGCAGGCAAACGCUUUACUCAUCAGUUCUCACCUCCAGGAUUCCUUCCUCCAGCUUGAGCAGUUCAACAUGAUUGAGAACGCCAUCAGCUCCAACAGCCUCUACAGCCCCUGCUCCACCCUCAAUUACUCCCAGGCGGCCAUGAUGGGCCUCACCGGAAGCCACGGGAGCCUCCAGGACGCCCAGCAGCUCAGCUACGCCAGCCACGGGAACAUCCCAAACAUCAUCCUCACAGUGACCGGGGAGUCCCCUCCCAGCCUGUCGAAGGACCUGACCAGCUCUCUGGCCGGCGUGGGGGAUGUCAGCUUCGACUCUGAUUCCCAGUUUCCCCUGGACGAACUCAAAAUCGACCCCCUGACCUUGGACGGGCUGCACAUGCUCAACGACCCCGACAUGGUCCUCGCCGACCCCGCCACAGAGGACACUUUCCGGAUGGACCGGCUGUAGGGGAGAGGGGAAGAGGGGACGCGUCGCCGAGAGUGAGAGAGACGCAUGCCAAAUCGCAAAUAUAAGGUGUCCCAAGUCUCGGCGCCCGCAGAGGCAGGGACCGGCCCACCUCGGGUCCGUCGCACCUGAGAGCCGGGCUCGUUCCACCCUCACAGAGCAGCUGCCCACCCCACC